AUGGAUACUCACCCUGAUACCGACCCUCAUGGCGGACCAACAAGUUCGUCACAUUCUACCGGGAUCCCCUUCCGCGGGGGCCCACAAGCUUCUGCUGGCAACGAUCCUAGCUCUCCGAACGGCGUCUAUGCUGGUAGUCUUGAAGAUCUUCGCUCUGAGCUGUACGAUGUCGUUGGUGAUCUAGGAUUGAAACUGGAAGGCCUCUCCGAGCAACUGCGUGUAGCGUCUAACGCCUUACCCCCACCGACCUCCACUCCGGUUCCACCAAAUCCCAGACCUGUUCCCUCGCACACAGAAGGCUGUUAUCCGGACACGAUUCUUGAGCGAUCCUCUCAACGCUUCCACGAUCGUGUGAAUAAGGUGCAGAAGGCAUGUGAGUCUGCGAAGAAGGUUGAAGGUGGUGAAUACCUCGGCAUGGGCGAUCCGCGUUCACUGAUGGUGUGGGCUCAGAGCGUGAAACAGGCCCCGCUGUACCAAUUCGGCGAUGCCAUAACUCGGUAUUUCUUCGUACUGCACAAUCUGAGCAAUGCUGUUGAGAGCAACGUCCUUUGUGCUAUCGACCUGGAGCAAGGGGAACAGGCUGCCUUCAACAGUCACGUUGACUUUGAGCGGCACCUAGAUUUGGUAUGGAAAUAUUUGUGUCGUGAAUAUACUAAGUCGUGCUCGGGUCUCUUCGACUACUAUCAGUCACUCCGUAGUCUUCAGCUUCUCGAACCUGGCCACCGACACUUCGAAGCUCACCUCUCCAAGUUCCGCUCUCUGGUCAGAGCCAUUCAGACCGAGAAGCAUUGCCCGUUGGACGACAGUGAGAUCAGCGCAUUUUGGUUCGGCAGUUUAACGGUAUCCGGUCAACAAGAUAUCCUUCGCGCUCCUCGUCAUGAGGUUCGUACGUUUCCCCUCAUGUGCGAGAGAGCACGUAGUUUCUAUGAUGCCGAGUGUAUGUCCAGUUCUCUCGGCAAGCACGUUAGCAUAGUCCAGUCUGGAGGCUCCUGCUCAGCUCCCCCGGUCCUGCCCCCUACCCCAGCUGCGCAAGCUCCCCCCUCUCGCCCAAGUGCCCGAUCGACACCUACCCGCUACACCAAUGAUCCUACAGCUCAGAGACCUGACGACACUUGCAGCGACCCCGCCAUCUUUUGCUUGGAGUUCCUCCGCAAGUUUAAGUGUCAACGUUGCCUAUCCCACGCCCAUGGCACUUCUCUAUGUCCCGAGAUUCAGGUUGCUUUCUUGAAUCUCCGCUGUCCGCAAUGUGGUGUACAUCAUGAUCGGCCGGUUGGGAAUCCGGCUGCUCACUGUGCCGGUGUCCAAUGUCAUAGGUGUGGCGGCAACGGCCAUCUUGGACGAGCUUGCCCCUGUCCCGAGCCGUCUAAAAAACGCCCUCGUACGACUACUGAUUCUCCCAAAACAGUUGAUGUCAAUGUCGUACAUACCAACUCUGCCUCCAAGGACUGUCGAUUGCAGAUGUUGGAUGUUAAGAUCAGUAGCGGGGAUGACGAUACGUCGUGUCCGGCUCGUGGGCUCCUCGACUCUGGUUGCGAGGUCGCCUUGGUGUCUGCUGAUGAGUUCGACCGUUGGCAACGAGCUGGUUUAUCCGUCUCGCUGACUUCUGAUGAGACUACCCUGAUCCCUUUCGACGGGGUACAACGUCACAAGGUCCUAGGUCGUGGUCAUAUCAAGUUGAUUCUAGACGACUCAACGACUAUCGAUCUCAUCAUAAGAGUGGCCUCACAGCUCGGAUAUCCCCUGAUCCUACCCCUUGAUAUCCUUCGCCUUGCCGGAGGCGCGGUCUGGGUUAUCGGUGAUGGCCACACUGACAACGGCGACUCUAUCCUCUUGAGGCCUGACAUUCGCGGCCUCUUAAGGCAGGCGGUAGAUCCCGGACGUGACUUGAAGCAAAUCGGCCUGAGUACUUAUGUUAUCGACUCUCUCGACGGCUCGUUGAGAGCAAAUUCAGUUGGAACCCAAUGUCCUCGACGAGACGAGGAUUUCCUCGAUGACUAUGCCGAUGUACCCCGUCACGCGGAUCAAUUACUACCGGUGGCACUGGUUCCUGACCGCUCGGCUCCAGACGGGCGACCUUCGAUCUCUAUCCCUUGGCGUUCAUCGGACCGGCCAAAGCCCAACUUUGCUCAAGCUAAGGCUCGUGAUGCUAGCGUCUUGAGACGACUUGAUCCUCAGCAACGUCGACAAUACGAGGCGUGUGUCCACUCGCUGAUUGUUGAUAAUACCGCGGUACCUAUCGACGGCCCGUCCGAGACCGCUUCGUAUUUCAUCCCUGCUGUGCCAGUUUUCCGACCAUCUUCUACAACACCAGUUCGGAUCUGUUUGGAUGCUAGAGCUAUCAACCACUAUAUCGAGCCCUGUUCUAUCCGUGGGCGAGCAUCAGGCAGUCUAUGGUUCUUCCUGGUUAGCUGGCGCACUUGUCCGUUUUACCAAGUGUGUGAUCUGCGCCAGGCCUUCUUAAGGGUCCACUUGUCGGCACACGACCAGCCUCAUGUCUGCAGUGUUAUAUGCUCGAAGCCGGUUCGCUACGUCCGCCUCCCCUUUGGACUGAGUUUCAGUCCCCACGGGUUGCACUCAGUCACAACUUGGUAUAACUCAUCGUGGAGAGAGGAUGUGGCCAUGAACGGAGGUACGCCCGCCCAACCCCGACCCUUCAGUGUGAUCAAACCCCCGACCUCAUGCCCCCAAUCGUCGGUUGCGAUGAGUACCCCGACUUGUGAAAACCCUAUGCCCGUUGGUCCAAUCGUCCCACUAAAACUGGAUAUUGUAAUCUAUGUCGACGACUACUGUAUACGAGGAGCGGUUUUCAUCGAGGUUGUCUGUCAACACGAAUAUACGACGUGGCGUUUGCGACGACACGGUGCCGACUGUACUGAUGAGAAGUCGUUUAACAAUGCCAGUCCGUCACCAGCGGGGAACUACAAGGGAGUCCUGGGUUAUUCGACUGACAUUGGCAUGGACACGGUGUGCUUCCGUUAUCCUGAUCCACUGCCUAAGUCGACUCCUGCCCGUGUCACGCGGCGCCAAGCUGUCUCGUUGAUCAACCGGUACUAUGAUCCCUUGUCACUCUUUAUGGAAGGGAGUGCUCCAAGUCGGUUCAUCCUCGCUGAUAUUAACCAGACAACUUCGGACUGGGAUACUCUCUGCAGCGUAGGCGACACUCAAGCUCUCUAUGACUGGUUGCGUACCGUAAAUGAACAGCAACCGGUGCCUCGCUUCGUUGACCUCUCGGACAAUCUCAAUGUCUUUGCUGACGCAUCUCAGCUGGCAUUUUGCGUCGAUGUGAGAGGUAUGGGUCCUUCUUACACUAGGUUGUGCGGUCGUUAUGGUCUCUUCCCGCCUGCUCAACGGACCGGUCAUACUAUCGUUCAGAAGGAGCUUUGCGCGCUCCACCUUGCUCUCCAGUUGUUGAGCGAAGUUGACCUAGUGCUACAGGAACAUGGACCGCGGCCAGCGACAUACACUGUGUACACGGAUUCCGAGAUCAAUCUCCAUCGACUCCGCCAAGGCCCCGUCAAGGACGAUAAGUUGGGUCGCUAUGAACGUCGACGGCUACGACUCAUCCGUGCUGAAGUCAUCAAGCUGACCAUGUCCGGUGUCCCUGUCACUAUCAGGCAUAUUAGUGGGUCUUGUAACCCGAGUGAUGUCUGCACGAGAAGACCGACUACUGGUUCUGUCCUACUGCCGACCGACCCCUCCACCAUCGACAAGGGUGUCCGAUUGAGUCCCGACUCCUUCGCGUAUAAGGCGCCCCCGGAGGGGUUGGAUGGUUCUCACCAAGUCAAUGCCAUCCAAACAGAAGACCAGGUUUUCGACGACUUCGUGACUAUCCAGAUGCUACGAGAUGCACAGAACUCGUCCGUUCGUGUAAGUGCGAUCCGACAAGCUGUCCUGGAUAAGAAGGAUAAGUACCACAAGAUCAACGAAGACGGUUUGGUCGUGAGAGUCACUGCCCUGGACAUCCCGGAUGACACGGAAACCCCGACUUCUGUGUUGGCACAGAUCUUAGUCCCGGACGUCUCUCUGCAAACACGGCUGGCGCAUGCCGCCCAUGAGUUCUCCCAUCGUGGUCGUCGAGGUACACUUAACCUCCUUCGAAAGUCUUACUUCUGGCGUAAGAUGAGGACGACGGUCAAGCAGGUCUGUGAUCGAUGCCAACCCUGUCAAGUGAGCAAGUUCGACCACAUUGCUCGUUGUGCUCUUGGCUCUACCGUACCAUGGGCAGGAUGCCUGGGCAUCGGCCGAGUCGCUACAGUAGACGUCACUGGUCCUUAUACUCAUAGUUUGCGAGAUCUACAAGGACAUUUACCAGAAAGCCGACCGAAUUUCGGAGUAACAGUGACCGAUCUGAUGACGGGCUAUACCCGAGGAUGUACGACCAGCACGAAAUCGUCAACCGAGGUUAGCCAAGCCCUCAGCAUUCUGUUCGACAGCUCCGAUUGGGUGUCCGUGCUCAUCGCCUCUGACCAGUGCUUCAGGUCGGCUGAGUUCCGCUAUUGGUGCCAUGUCAAUAAGAUCUCUCUGGUUCUGUUGCCAUCUCACUGUCCGAGCCUGAUGGGUCACGGUGAGAGAGUCCACAAGGAGAUUCAUAAUUACAUGCGCACAGUGGCUCAACAGUCCGGUGUGUUGGACGACUGGACUACCAAUUUCCAUCGGGCUAUUCGGGUGGUCAACACCUGCCCUUAUACCGAUUUUGAAGGCGAUGGUGGCCUUUGUCCUCACGAUAUGCACUUCAUCAACAAGGCCCGUAUCCCUGAGACGGAACCCUUAGACCCGACCCUAGGCGAUAAGCUGUAUGAUGGCCUCGACUCAGCCCCGUCUAUAGUCCCUUCGGAUGUAUAUGAGGACAUCUGCGCUAUCCGCCAGCAGCGUUGGUCUCAGUUCAAGUCUGGUUGGUUAGAUCGCCGCGAGAAGACCCGGCUCGAGACUCUUCGCCGACCUGGUAUGCCUGAGGUCAACCCUGGUGACUCUGUAUAUGUAUGGCAACCGAUGACUAAGAAGUUGCUCUGGAGAUGGCGAGGUCCAUAUAUCGUUACGGCUGUCGACCAUUCUAUUGUCACUAUUGACGGUAAGAACGGUUUGGAGGAGAAGGUCUACUUGGGUAACUGUCGCAAGGUUGAAACCGACGAGGCUAUUUCAAGAUACCCUGAGGAUCCAGCUGAGGACGAUCAUGACACUGAACUCGACAGUGUGUUCCCGUCCCCUACUGAUGGUCCUACGCCCGCGGUAGGAAGCCAUCACUCUGCGGAGUUGGCUCCUGUUGAAUCGGGCCCUAUGACGACCGUUCCCUCCAGCACCGCUGUCAUCGAUCCUACUCUGGACUCGAAAUAUCGUCAUGCUCACUCAAGGAAAGGUCUGGACAUCGCACUCGUGGAGUCCAAUGAUGAUGGUCAUUAUGAGGUUGUGUACGGAAGGGUACUUGCGCUAGAUGGCCAUCUCGUGACCGUUCAACUCUACGUAGCCAACUGUGGCUCCACUGUUCCAAUCAAUCUUUUCUUGGAGGAUGCCACCAACGAGAUCAAUGGUAUCGAAGAUGGACUCUCUUGA